AUGGGGAAUAUGUUUGGUUCAAUAUUUGGAAAGAAGCACUAUCGAAUAUUAAUGCUUGGUCUUGAUAAUGCUGGAAAAACAUCAAUUCUUUAUCGUCUUCGUUUGAAAGAAUCAAUUACAACAAUUCCAACUGUUGGAUUUAAUGUUGAAACUGUUUUAUUAGGGCAUGUUAAAUUUAAUGUGUGGGAUGUUGGUGGACAAGAUAAAAUUCGUCCAUUAUGGCGGCAUUAUUAUACAGGAUCUCAAGGACUUAUUUUUGUUGUUGAUUCAUGUGAUCGUGAACGUAUGGAAGAAGCAAGUCGUGAAUUAGAAAAAAUAAUUAAUGAUCGUGAAAUGCGUAAUACUGUUCUGCUUGUAUUUUGUAACAAACAAGAUAUGUCUGGAUGUAUGCAACCAGCUGAAAUACGACAAGCAUUGCAUUUAGAUAAAUUAAAUCGUCCAUAUGCUAUAAUGCCAUGUUCAGCUUUGCAUGGAACAGAAAUAAUGUUUAAAUCUUCAUAUCUUAUUCCUCAUUUAUCAUUUCAAUUGAAACGUUAUAUUCAUUUAACAAUACCAUCAUUAACAGCUGGACAAACACAAUAUCAUGGUCAAAAAAAUUCAACAUGGUGGCAAAAAUAUGAUUCACAUGUUGAUCCUGUUCAAACACGUACGGAUUUACUUAAUAUGGAUGAUUUAGAUGAACGACAUUAUCGUCCUGUUAAACCUGUUAUACCAACAUAUCAAUCAUUUUCUUGUUUCCAUGAUCCAAUUAUAUCUCGUGUUGUUGGUAUUUUAUUACGUGAAGGAAAUCGUGAAUUAGUUGAAGAAUUAAUACAUAAAACAUUUCGUACAAUGAAAUUAAUACAAAUAGGAAAAUAUAAUCGAGCUAAAACAAAAGAAGAACGUGAGUCAAUCGAAUGUAAUCCAGUUACUUUACUUAAACAAGCAAUUAAAAAUGUAACACCUAUUGUUCGUCUUACACGAAUAGCUAAAGGUGGCACUUUAUAUUCUGUACCAAUACCAAUGUCACCCGGACGAGGUACUUUUACAGCUAUUCGAUUAUUAAUUGAUAGUACACAUGAUGCACGACCACAUGAUCAAAGAUUUUGGACGUUAUUUGCAAAAGAAAUAAUGGAUGCAGCACAAAAUCAAGGACGAACAAUAAAGAAAAAACAAGAAAUACAUCGAAAUGCUGAACUAAAUCGUGCUUAUGCGCACUUUAAAUGGCAAAAAUAA